GCGAAACCCAGACGAGGAAGAACCAGGCGGACUAAGUUUCACCUCCCUCUGGUCGUUUAUUUUUCACAUUAAGCAGGAGAAUGGCACGUAAUGAGGCAUGCAGAUCCACAUGCGGUGUCGCCGUUUAUCGGAACUAACGUUGACAUAGAUAUGUAUAAGUGUAAGAUCAGUGUAAAUGUAAACACACACACAUUUUUUUCUAUAGGCACUUCUUUUAGCUCAGUGAUUUAAAGUACGAUGGAAGAAAAUAUGAUGGAGUCGGAUUCUUCUGAAAGGUCAUCUUCAGUACCACAGGGGAUUCCAGUCGCUUGGGAAACUGUCACUGCAUGUUUGCUGUCUCCAGAUUCUCAAGUGCUUGAUGAGUCUCUGUCAGAAUCUCUGGCCUCGUUAUCUUUUCAUGGAUUGGGUAGGCUUUUGGGUGGCUGGCUGCUGGAGACCCUGCAGAUCAGACUGAGCUCUGCCGUGGCCCCUGAGUUCUGGGCCGGGCUCAAGCAGCCGGAAAACCAGCUGGAGGAAAGGGAUAGGGCUCGGCUUCUUCUAUCUGCUAUUCACACCCUGCUGGACAGACUGGAACCCUUCUUAGGAGGCCUGGAGAGGCUGGGGGCAUGGCAGGAGGAGGGACGUGGUGGGCUUAGUGGCCCUGGGGCCAGUGGCCUGCGUGAAAGGGCCUUCACCAUUAUUCGAGCCCUCCUUCUAUUUUCUCCCUCCACUGUUCUCCAAGAGAGAGUACUGGAGUUCUACAGCAGGACCUUCUCUGUGCAUAUGAGCCUGGAGGGGGAGGCCGAAGAGGGUGCCGAAGGGCCUGAUGGAGGAUUGUGUCCUGGCUGUGGUGUCCUGACACAGCAGUGUUGGUGUCAGGAAGCCCUGGAACAACUUCAAGAGCUCAGUCAGACACUUUCCAGACUGCAGCUGCUGGAGCGGGUCAGCUCCGAGGCGGUGACCUCCAUCCUCCACAAGCUGAUAGAACAACGGAUGGAGCAGCACUGCAGGGGCGAGUACGAGCGCUCCUUUCUGCUAGACUUCCAGAAGUGGCUGGAACUGGUGCUGAGCUGGCUAAGCAGGGUGUUUGCCAGUGAGCCGGGUGGGAGCUGCUCAGUCUCUACUCCCAGUGACUUUUUCAGUGGUGAAGCAGGCCAGCCAGCGAAUACCUUGUUACAGCAGUGGAGGUGCCACAUGCACAAGUUCUUCUGUAGGAUCUAUGUCAACAUGAGGAUCGAGGAGCUCUUCAGCAUCAUCAGAGAUUUCCCAGAGUCUAAACCCGCCAUUGACGAUCUGAAGUUCUGCCUGGAAAGAACUAAUCAGAGACAGCAACUACUCACCUCACUGAAAUCAGCUUUUGAGAGUCGCCUUUUGCACCCUGGGGUACACACAUCAGACAUUCUCACUGUGUAUAUCUCAGCCAUUAAGGCCCUCAGAGAGCUGGAUCCAUCCAUGGUCAUUCUUCAAGUUGCUUGCCAACCUAUCCGCAAGUAUCUCAGGACAAGGGAGGACACAGUGAGACAGAUAGUGGCCGGUCUGACUGGAGAUGCUGAGGGCUGCAGUGACCUUGCCAAUGAGCUGUCCCGAGCCGACCCCGUCACCUUGGAAAUGCAGGACAGUGACGACGAGGGCAGUGACCCUGAGGAGUGGAUGCCAGAUCCCACCGAUGCCGUCACUGACAAGACGGGCUCUAAACGUCGUUCCUCUGACAUUAUCAGCCUGCUGGUUAGUAUUUAUGGCAGUAAGGAGAUCUUCAUAGAUGAGUACAGGACAGUCCUGGCUGACAGACUGCUGCACCAGCUCAACUACAACACUGCCAGGGAAAUCCGUAAUGUGGAGUUACUCAAGCUCAGAUUUGGGGAGUCUCAUAUGCAUUUUUGUGAGGUCAUGUUGAAGGACGUGGCUGACUCUCGGAGGAUCAACAGCAACAUUCGUGAGGAGGAACUGAGGCUGGGUGAGGAGGAGCAGCCCCCCUUGGCCCUGUCGGCCAUGAUCCUGUCCUCCGAGUUCUGGCCUCAACUCAAAGAGGAGAAGCUGGAGCUGCCCCCGCUGGUCUCCCAGGCAAUGGAGGCCUACACACACCGCUACGAGAAACUCAAGGCGAUGAGGACACUGAGCUGGAAGCCUCACUUGGGUUCAGUCACCCUGGACUUGGAGUUGGAGGACAGGGUCCUCACCAACUUGACAGUGUCUCCUAUUCAUGCUUCCAUCAUCCUGCACUUCCAGGAAAAAAGUUCGUGGACCUUGGAGGAACUCAGCGGGAAGCUGGGAGUCUCUAAGGAGACGGUGCACAGGAAGGUGGCCCUAUGGCAGCAGCAGGGGGUUCUGAGGGAGGAGGCAGCCGGGCGCUACUCCGUCCUGGAGACCGGGUCAUCCAAGGACAGGCUGGAGAGAAGUGUGAUGUUGAUCGACAGUGAUGAGGAAGGAGACUCCAACACCACCACACAGUCAGAGCAGCGGGAGGAGAAACUACAGUUGUUCUGGGCCUACAUCCAAGCCAUGCUGACCAACCUGGAGAGCAUGACGCUGGAUCGCAUCCAUUCGAUGCUCAGGAUGUUUGUCGCAACGGGACCCGUCGUCACAGAGAUGGAUGUGAACGAGCUGGAGGCCUUCCUGCAGAGGAAGGUGAGGGAGCACCAGCUGAGCGUCUCUGCAGGCGUUUACAGACUCCCCAAAUCCAACUGAUGACGGAGAGAUGGGAAGAGCAGCUGAAAGGAGGACAAGUUUAGUGUGACUAUUCUAAGAGGUCUGAUCUUCAGCAUGGAGGCAAUUUUACCAGAGUGAAUCUCAAUGAUGCGAAACAUUUUGUCAACAUUGGGCAAUAUCUUAAUCUUGAGCUUUGUGAGUGCCGAGUGGGUUGGAGAUAUUAGUGAUCAGAUGAGAUCAUACAUAUGACUGGGAUCUCCAUCUUGACUGAAAAUGAUCCUACAGAAAUCGUUGUGCACCCCUUACCAAUAAUUGCCGAUGUACAUUACUGAUUUAUUAAUAAUAGCUCCUUGGUAUUGUAUCG